AUGCGAAAAUCCGCAGUGCUUCUGAGCCAGCUAUCCGCCCCGUCCUUCCCCGCUUUCCAAGCCGUCUGUGACACCCCGCGCGGGCCCUGCCCGCGCUCGCGCAGCCUCUUCUCGGACACGAGCGACGUCGCAUUGUCGUCGGCGACUCGUUCCAGCGACUCUGCGAUCGCCACCUGCGCUCGCGACUCAUCGUGCGACCGAGCGAGCCAGGGCAGCAGCGCCUGUCUUUCGCGCAACAAUAGCAGCGCUAGUCGCACGAGCGACGAGCCCGAAAUCAUCAGCCCCAAGUUGCGACUCCCGACGUCGCGCGAGUUCAGUCGCCUGCGACUGUGCUCGUCGGAGGCGGGCCCUAGCUCGCCUCUUUUUUCGCGAAAAGUCGCCUCGCCGUUACGCAAGCGCGACGAAAAUCCGCGGUUGAAGCGAAAACGGCCGCCCAUGCUCAACAUCCCCGCAAAGGACUCUUUCACCGCGUCGCCGACAACUACGCCGGGAAACACGCCGGGAAACACGCCGAGAAGCACGCGCGCGCAGGAGGCGGAGGAGGCGAGCGAGCUUGUUGCGGUGGGUCACUCGUACGCCGUGAUGUGCAAAAAAGGGCGGCGCGAGUUUAUGGAGGACGCGUACCAAGCCAUCCCGCAGUUCGGCACGUCUCCCGGAAAUGCCUUCUUCGGCGUGUUCGACGGCCAUGGCGGCACCAUGGCGGCGCGUUUCGCGGCGGGCAACAUCGCGGGGAACGUUCUCAAGGCGGCGCAACAGGGCGCAGAGAGCCCGGAGGCGGCUUUGGUGGAGGGAUUCAAGGAGACCGAUAAACAGUUUCUCCAACAGAAUCUGGGAAGCGGCUCGGCUGUGGUGACGUGCUGGGCAGCCCCUGGUUCCCUCCACGUGGCACAUGCAGGCGACUGCCGCGCCGUGCUGUGCCGGAAGGGCGCGGCCAGUGUGCUUACAUCAGACCACAAAGCGUCUCGAGAAGACGAGCGGGACAGAAUCGAAAAUCUGGGGGGUCACGUGGAUAAUUUCACGGGCACAUGGCGCGUGCAGGGAGUGCUGGCUGUUACGCGCGGCCUUGGCGAUGCAAACUAUAAGGAGUACAUUACAUCGGAACCGGAGGUGGUUCAUGUACCCGUUACAAGAGACUGCGAUUUUCUGAUUAUGGCAUCAGAUGGACUCUGGGACGUGGUGACCAAUCAAGAAUCUGUCGACAUCGCCCGAUCAUGCCUGGAAGCCGAGAUCAAAGUGUUCAAGCGCAACAACUCUCUUGCCGCCAAAACAAGUGCAUCCUCCUCGCUCUCCACCAUUCCCUCUUUCUCCUCCGCCUCCACCGAAUCCUCGUCUCUCACUCUCAACUCCGACGGCAAAGAACCCGCAUCGGAUGAUGGCCUGACAACACCUUCCCCGGACGCCGAUUCAAACCCCAAGCUGAACCCAUUUGUCCUAAAAACACCUCGAGAGCGUUCCAGCAGCGUUUGUGCUGUCGGAACUCUAAAACAGGUGACGGAGUCAGCCCAAGAAGAGGACAACCAUGGCACGGAUAUCAUAAGGUGCACUUCUACUGAAGAUUCCGAUGUGUCGUCCCUUAGUGAAGACUCUGGGAAUGAUGUCAGUGAGGGCAGUGAGGAGGGUGAGGGGAGUGAGUCAGAGGAGGGCGGAGAGGGAGGUGCUGGUUCGCGAGGGAAGGCGCAAGGGACCGAAGAGUCGGUGAAGUCUGCACUGCUGCUGGCGUGUCAAAAACUGGUGGAGGCUGCUGGGAAGCGAGGCAGCCACGACGACACCAGCGUCAUGGUCAUCUCAUUGGCUCACUACAUGCUAUAA